CGUAGCUCGCAGCUUCACACCCUCAAACCUCCACCUUUGUCUCCCCCAAUACAACCGUCUCAUUACUCUUCCUUUUCCAUAAUUCAAUACCGAAGCUUCUUGACCGUCCGCACGGUUACUACAACACAGGAAUGGCGUCUGGAUACGACAGAGCUCUUUCAGUUUUCAGUCCGGACGGACACGUCUUUCAAGUCGAAUAUGCUUCUGAAGCGGUGAAGCGAGGGACAUGCGCUGUCGGCGUGAAGGGCAAGGAUAUCGUGGUUCUCGGAUGCGAGAAGCGCUCGGCAAUGAAACUCCAAGACACUCGAAUCACCCCGUCCAAGAUCGGCUUGAUCGAUAACCACGUGUGCCUGGCCUUUGCUGGGUUGAACGCCGAUGCCCGCAUUCUGAUUGACAAAGCCAGAUUGGAGGCCCAAUCACAUCGCUUGACCGUUGAAGACCCCGUGUCGAUUGAAUACAUUACGAAAUAUGUCGCCGGAGUUCAGCAGCGUUAUACACAGAGUGGUGGUGUUCGUCCGUUUGGAAUCAGUACAUUGAUCGUUGGCUUUGACCAGGGUGACAAUAUCCCUCGCCUCUACCAAACCGAACCAUCUGGAAUUUACUCUGCUUGGAAAGCCAACGCUAUUGGACGUUCGAGCAAGACGGUCCGCGAAUUUCUCGAGCGGAACCAUAAAGAUGACAUGGAUCGUGAAGCAACUCUUCAGUUGACGAUCAAGUCUCUACUGGAGGUAGUGCAAACUGGAGCAAAGAACAUUGAGAUUGCCAUCAUGGCCCCUGGGAAAACCAUCGAGAUGCUGCCGACCGAGCAAAUUGAGGCAUAUGUCAAGAACAUUGAGGCUGAAAAGCAGGAAGAAGCGGCCAAGAAGAAGACCGGCCGAACUCCAGGAUCUGGAACUGCGGCUAUCCUGACGCGGGCCGGCGCUACGGGUGAGGGUUCCGAGAGCUAGAUAAAUUUGAGAUCUCACCUGAGCGGGCGUUGUUGAGGAUAAAACAAUAAAUCUAUAAAUUAGCUAAUGAACAU